AUGGGUUCUUCCGUCGCAAGCCCUCUCCCCCACCCUUUUGAUCCCCUCUCGCAGAGUGAGAUCGAGGCAGCCAUCGCCAUUGUCAAGAAGGCCCACGGCGAUGUCUUCUUCAAUGUCGUCUCCCUCCACGAGCCGCGCAAGGCCGAGAUGACUGUAUGGCUCGCCGACCCCGAAAACGCCCCCCGGCCGCUGAGAAUCGCAGACACCGUUGUCAUCGCACCGGGCGGCAAGGUUUAUGAUGGCCUCGUCGACCUGGCCUCGGGCAAGAUCACCAAGUGGGAGCUGCUCGACGGUCUGCAGCCAAUCAUCACCAUGGAGGAGCUGCAGGCAGUCGAGUAUGUCUGCCGCAAGGACCCCAAGGUCAUUGAGCAGUGCAAGAUCAGCGGCAUCGCCGAGGAGGACAUGGACAAGGUGUACUGCGACCCGUGGACGAUUGGCUACGACGAGCGGCACGGCAGCAAGAUCCGGCUGCAGCAGGCCCUCAUGUACUACCGCCCGCACGUCGACGACUGCCAGUACCAGUACCCGCUCGACUUCUGCCCCAUCUACGACGCCGAGAAGCAGGCCAUCGUCGCCAUCGACAUCCCCAAGAUCCGCCGGCCCCUGAGCACGGCCGCCCCCGUCAACUACACAACUGCCGCCGUCGAGAAGGCCGGCGGCUACCGCAAGAACCUCAAGCCCAUCAACAUCACACAGCCCGAGGGUGUCUCCUUUGAGAUGAAGGGCCGCGAGAUUGAGUGGCAGAACUGGAAGUUCCACAUUGGCUUCAACUACCGCGAGGGCAUCGUGCUCAAUAACAUCACGUACAACGACAAGGGCAAUGAGCGGCCCAUUUUCUAUCGUCUGUCCCUUGCCGAGAUGGUCGUCCCUUACGGCAACCCGGAGCACCCGCACCAGCGCAAGCACGCCUUCGACCUGGGCGAGUACGGCGCGGGCUACAUGACCAACAGCCUGACCCUGGGCUGCGACUGCAAGGGCUCCAUCCACUACCUGGACGCCGACUUCCCGGCCCGCGACGGCAGCAUCCGGACCAUCAAGAACGCCGUGUGCAUCCACGAGGAGGACGCCGGCAUCCUGUUCAAGCACAGCGACUUCCGCGACGACUCGACCAUUGUGACGCGCGCGCGCAAGCUCAUCGUCCAGCAGAUCUUCACUGCGGCCAACUAUGAGUACGCCAUUCAGUGGAUUUUCCACCAAGACGGCACCAUCCAGCCCGAGAUCAAGCUCACAGGCAUCCUCAACACUUACUCGAUGAACCCCGGCGAGGACACCAACGGCUGGGGCACACAGGUCUAUCCAGGCGUCAACGCCCACAACCACCAGCACCUGUUCUGCCUGCGCAUCGACCCGCAGAUCGACGGGCACAACAACAGCAUCGCCGUGUGCGACGCGGUCGCCUCGAGCGCCCCCGUGGGUUCCCCCGAGAACUUCUACGGCAACGCCUUCUCGGCGCGGCGCACCGUGUUCAAGACCACGGGCGAGUCCAAGACCGACUACGACGGCAGCACCAGCCGCACGUGGGACAUGUGCAACCCGAGCAAGCUGCACCCGUACAGCGGCAAGCCCGUCAGCUACAAGCUCGUGAGCAGGGAGGUCCCGGGCCUGCUGCCCAAGGAAGGAGGGCUGGUGUGGAAGCGGGCCGGGUUUGCCAGGCACGCGGUGCAUGUGACCAAGUACCGCGACGACCAGCUCUGGCCCGCAGGCCGCCACGUCCCGCAGACCUCGGGCGAGCCCUCGCUCGGCCUGCCCGAGUGGAUCGGCGACGGCACCGAGGCCAUCGACAACACGGACGUGGUGCUCUGGCACACCUUUGGCGUCACCCACUUCCCCGCGCCCGAGGACUUCCCCGUCAUGCCCGUCGAGCCCAUCACCCUGCUGCUCCGGCCCAGGAACUUCUUCGCCAACAACCCCGUCAUGGACGUGCCCCCGAGCUACGCCGCCACGCCGAGCCAGGUCGCCGCGCAGAAGAAGGCUGCUGCUGCGGCUGCCGAGUCUGGGGGCCAGGGCGGCGGCGUUGUGGGUGCGAUUGUGGAUGGGUUGGUUGAUGCGCGGGACAAGUUGAGCCGGUUGGCGUUUGGAGCGCCGGCGCCGGCGGAGGGGACGAAUGGCGCCUGCUGUCAGGGCACAAACGGACACUAA